CAACAAAUUUAGUCAUCUCAUAAAUUAGUGAACACAAGAAAAAAAAAAACAUUUUUGUUUUAGUUAGUCAAAAAGCACUCAAAGAAAAUGAUGAUGAACAAAGUUGUAUUGGGUUCAAUUUUGUUUUUCAUGUUGGUCAGUUCGAUUCUUGUGGUGGAGGCUCGUCCGUUGGGUUUAACGAAGGCUGAAGAGAAGCUCGUGGCUAAGUUCUUCGAUGGUUUGUCACUCGGGGCGAUCAAGGAGUCGGGUCCUAGCUCUGGUGGUGAGGGUCAUCAGUUCAUGGACCGAAGUGAGACGCUUGGAUAUGCCAAUUUCCUCAGAGAAAAUCUCCAUCUUUGUUGCUCAUCCGUCGUACUCUUCCUCGCCGCAGCGGCUUGUCCUCACUUGAUGAUUCCUAAACCUUACAUUACACCAAUUCAAAACUCCUUCAUGAUUGUUGCUUUCCCUCUUGUUGGAAUUUCAGCAUCUCUCGACGCUCUUAUGGAUAUAGCUGGAGGAAAAGUGAACAUUCAUGUUUUAAUGGCAUUAGCUGCUUUUGCAUCUGUGUUUAUGGGAAAUGCUUUAGAAGGAGGAUUGCUUCUAACCAUGUUCAAUCUUGCUCAUAUCGCUGAAGAGUUUUUCACUAGUAGGUCCAUGUUGGAUGUUAAAGAGUUAAAGGCGAGUAAUCCAGAUUCCGCAUUGGUGAUUGAUGUGAAUGAUGAAAAUGUACCAAACUUCUUCGAUUUGACAUACAAAAGCGUACAUGUGAAGAAUGUAGAAGUUGGAUCCUAUAUUUUGGUAGGAACUGGUGAGAUUGUGCCUGUGGAUUGCCAAGUCUAUCAAGGUAAUGCAACCAUAACAAUUGAGCAUUUGACUGGGGAAGUGAAACCAUUGGAAGCAAAAGCUGGAGAUAGAGUUCCUGGUGGUGCAAGAACUUUGAAUGGCAGAAUUAUUGUGAAGGCUACAAAGGCGUGGAAUGAGUCGACACUUAACAAGAUUCUACAGUUGACUGAGGAAGCACACUCUAAUAAACCCAAACUUGAGAGAUGGCUUGAUGAGUUUGGUGAGAUUUAUAGCAAAGUGGUGGUUGUUUUGUCAGUUGCUAUUGCCUUCCUUGGUCCAAUCUUGUUCAAGUUGCCGGUUCUCGGAACCACAGCAUGUAGAGGAUCAGUUUACAGAGCAUUGGGAUUUAUGGUGGCGGCGUCACCGUGUGCCUUGGCAGUUGCUCCAUUGGCUUAUGCUACUGCAAUAAGUUCUUGUGCAAGAAAGGGGAUAUUGCUGAAAGGUGGGCAGGUACUGGAUGCUCUAGCUUCUUGUCAUACUAUUGGUUUCGACAAAACCGGGACCUUAACAACCGGAGGCCUUACAUGCAGAGCAAUUGAACCCAUUUAUGGGCAUCAUCAAGAAGGGAAAAAUGAAAGUGUAAAGCCUUGUUGUAUGCCAAAUUGUGAAAAGGAAGCAUUAGCUGUAGCAGCUGCUAUGGAGAAAGGUACCACACACCCUAUUGGAAGAGCCAUGGUAGACCACAGUGUUGGGAAGAACCUCCCUUCUGUUUCUGUUGAAAGCUUUGAGUAUUUUCCUGGUAGAGGCCUUACUGCUACUGUUAACUGUAUUGAGUCAGUAACCGAAGGUAGGAAACUGCGGAAAGCGUCACUUGGUUCAGUAGAGUUCAUUACUUCACUCUUCGAAUCCCAAGAUGAGUCUAGAAAGAUCAAGAAUGCUGUAAAUUCUUCUUUGUAUGGAAAUGAAUUCGUUCAUGCUGUUCUCUCACUUGAUCAAAAAGUAACAUUGAUUCACCUCGAGGAUCAGCCUCGUCGAGAAGUAUCAAAAGUUAUAACAGAACUAAAAAGCUGGGGUGGAAUGAGGGUAAUGAUGUUAACUGGAGAUCAUGAGUCAAGUGCUUGGAGAGUUGCAAAUGCUGUAGGUGAUGGUUUAGGUGGAAGAGGUUUGAUCAUGGUGGGAGAAGGUAUCAACGAUGGCCCGGCUUUAGCAGCUGCAACUGUAGGAAUUGUUCUUGCUCAACGCGCAAGUGCCUCGGCUUUAUCGGUAGCUGAUGUCUUACUGCUUCAAGACAACAUAACUGGUGUUCCUUUCUGUAUCGCCAAAUCCCGCCAAACAACAUCACUAGUCAAGCAAAACGUGGCUAUUGCGUUAACCUCGAUAUUCUUAGCUGCUCUUCCAUCAGUUCUCGGAUUUCUUCCCUUGUGGUACUAUUACAUGAAGGCGGAACACUUCUCGUUUGCCUUAACUCAAUACGCGGUUUAAACGAUCCAUCCUGGUCAUGGAAACAGGACAUUGUUCAUGUAAUCAACAACUUCACCUCAG